AUGGAAGUUGGAGACCGGCUCGAGGGACGCAAGGCUGAGUGUGGGCUGGGACUGCAAGAACGGGCAAGGAUUGGGGCGUUGGGCCACGAACAUCAGCGGCGGCAAGACACAGCCGGCUUAGACUGGCGUGGGCGGCGCUCGUGCCGGCCGAGCUUCCGUCCCUUGCUACGCCCCACGCACGCACACGCGCUUCCAAGGCGCAAGAGGCGGUGCUCGCCUUAUGACCUACUGAUAGAGAAUACUUCACUCACUGUCCCAAUCUCCAGCCUCCGCCUUGACCCAAACUUCCUAUUGAAGGUCUGUUCGCCAGUGAUGGAUAAGUUGUCAUCUAUUAGAUUGGAGGAUUUACCUGUGACAAUAAAGACUGGGCUGUACCUACCCACUAGGAAUGAACAGAAAACCAUAGCUAAUAUUUACUUUCUGCAGGUAAUUUCUGAGCUUCGGGAGAAGUUGGAUCUGCAACAUUGUGUUUUGCCAUCACGGUUGCAGGCUUCCCAAGUAAAGUUGAAAAGUAAAGGACGAGCAAGUUCCUCAGGAAAUCAAGAAAGCAAUCAGAGCUGUGUUAUUCUCCUCUUUGAUGUAAUAAAGUCAGCUAUUAGAUAUGAGAAAACCAUUUCAGAAGCCUGGAUUAAGGCAAUUGAAAACACUGCCUCAGUGUCUGAACACAAGAUUUUUGACCUGGUGAUGCUUUUCAUCAUCUAUAGCAGCAAUACUCAGACAAAGAAGUAUAUUGAAAUGCUAAGAAAUAAGAUUCGAUCAGGCUGCAUUCAAGAACAGCUGCUCCAGAGUACAUUCUCUGUUCAUUACUUAGUUCUUAAGGGUAUGUGUUCAUCCAUUCUGUCGCUGGCUGAGAGUUUUCCUCACUCUCUAGACCAGAGUAUAAUUUCAUUUGGCAGUCUCCUAUACAAAUAUGCAUUUAAGUUUUUUGACACGUACUGCCAGCAGGAGGUGGUUGGUGCCUUAGUGACGCAUAUCUGCAGUGGGAAUAAAGCUGAAGUUGAUACUGCGUUAGAUGUCCUCCUAGAGUUGGUAGUGUUAAACCCGUCUGCUAUGAUGAUGAAUGCUGUCUUUGUAAAGGGCAUUUUAGAUUAUCUGGAUAACAUAUCUCCUCAGCAAAUACGAAAACUCUUCAAUGCUCUCAGCACACUGGCAUUUGGCAAACAGAAUGAAGCCAGCAGUCACAUCCAGGAUGACAUGCACUUGGUAAUAAGAAAGCAGCUCUCUAGCACCGUAUUCAAGUACAAACUCUUUGGGAUUUUUGGUGCUGUCAUCAUAGAUGGCAUCAUGGCAGCAGACAGAAGCGCAUCAUCUAGUUUGACCCAAGAGAGAGCCAACCUGAGCGAUGAGCAGUGCACACACGUGACCUCCUUGUUGCAGUUGGUUCAUUCCUGCAGUGAGCAGUCUCCUCAGGCCUCUGCACUUUACUGUGAUGAAUUUGCCAACCUGAUCCAACAAGAAAAGCUGGAUCCAAAAGCCCUGGAACGUGUUGGGCAUACCAUCUGCAGUGAUUUCCAGGAUGCCUUCGUAGUGGACUCCUGUGUUGUUCCGGAAGGUGACUUUCCAUUUCCUGUGAAAGCGCUGUACGGACUGGAAGAACACAACACUCAGGAUGGGAUCGCCAUCAACCCCCUGCCGCUGCUGUUUUCUCAGGACUUUGCAAAAGAUGGGGGUCCGGUGACUCCACAGGAAUCAGGCCAAAAGUCAGUAUAGUUUUUCUUUUCUAAACCUGUUAGUGUUUUGAAUG